GAGUGGCAGACCACUCCCCCGCAGAGCCACCACCGAGGGACUAUGGGAGAGGUAGGUGACUGGUGGCCUGGGGCCCUCCCGUAGUUGUCCCUGCCCGGGCGCUGCAGCUUCACUUUCCAGCAUCCCAAAGCCACUGGCGAAGCCAUAUCCAGGAGGGUCAGGUAAGAGGGACGUGACUGGAGCUCCAGGAAUCUCAGCCGCUGUCCUGUUUGUCCUGUUUUUCCACAUAAAUGUCUGGAGCAAUUUUUGCACCUCUGGAGGGCCUAGGUGCCCUGGAUGCUGCGAGUGGUCAUCCACUCGUGUGUCCGCUGUGCCACACACAGUACGAGCGCCCGUGCCUGCUGGACUGUUUCCACGACUUUUGCACUGGCUGCUUGCGUGGCCGGGCUACGGAUGGCCGCCUGUCCUGUCCACUGUGCCAGCACCAGACCCUGGUGAAGGGUCCCAGUGGACUCCCCCCAGUGGACCGGCUGCUACAGUUCCUGGUGGAUAGCUCUGGGGAUGGCGUGGAGGCCGUGCACUGUGCCAACUGUGACCUGGAGUGCAGCCAGCAGGACUCAGAGACCACGUACUUCUGCAACACCUGCGGGCAGCCCCUGUGCGCGCGCUGCCGUGAAGAGACGCACCGCGCGCGCAUGUUCGCGCGCCACGACAUUGUAGCCCUGGGCCAGCGCAGCCGGGACGUGAUCCAGAAGUGUACUCUACAUUCGGAGCCGUACAUCAUGUUUUCCACCGACAAGAAGUCGUUGCUGUGCAUCCGCUGCUUUCGGGACAUGCAGGGGGAAAGCCGGGCCCACUGUGUGGACCUGGAGUCAGCUUAUGUGCAAGGUUGCGAGCGGCUGGAGCAGGCGGUGCUGGCAGUGAAGGCCCUGCAGACAGCCACGAAAGAGGCCAUCGCGCUGCUACAGGCCAUGGUGGAGGAGGUGAGGCACAGUGCCGCCGAGGAGGAGGCAGCCAUCCACGCACUCUUUGGCAGCAUGCAGGACAGACUGACGGAGAGGAAAGCGCUGCUGCUGCAGGCUGUACAGAGCCAAUACGAAGAGAAGGACAAAGGCUUCAAAGAACAGCUGACCCACUUGGCCUCCUUGCUGCCCACCCUACAGGUUCACCUGGUCAUCUGCUCGUCCUUUCUCAGCCUGGCCAGCAAAGCCGAGUUUCUGGAUCUGGGUUAUGAGCUGAUGGAGAGACUUCAAGGCAUCGUCACGCGGCCGCAUCGCCUAAGACCGGCUCAGAGCAGCAAGAUCGCCAGCGACCACCGCGCAGAAUUCGCGCGCUGCCUAGAGCCUCUGCUGCUGCUGGGGACCCGCCGGGCUGUGUCCACCGUGGGCGGCGCCAACACGUUGGCAGGGGGCUCAAGCCCCAAGAUGCUGAAGACACCCAGCUGUCCCUCCCCAGUGGGGAAGAUGUCAGGGUCGCCUGUCCAGAAACCCUCGCCACACCGUUUCAUUAGCACGAAGGUGCUCCUGGCGGAGGGUGAGGACACACCCUUCACAGAGCACUGCCGCCAAUAUGAGGAUUCCUAUCGGGGCCUGCAGAUGGAGGUGCAGAACCUGAAGGACCAGGUCCAGGAACUGCACCGAGAUCUCACCAAGCACCACUCCCUCAUCAAGGCGGAGAUCAUGGGGGAUAUCCUGCACAGGUCCCUACUGCUGGACACGCAGAUCGCUUCUGAGUAUGCCUCCAUGGAAGGCAUGAGAGCCAUCUUCCAGGAGAUCUGGGAGGACUCCUACCAGCGAGUAGCUACCCAGCAGGAAAUUUAUGAAGCCCAGCUCCACGACCUUCUCCAGCUGAGGCAGGAGAAUGCCUAUCUCACCACUGUCACCAAGCAAAUCACGCCCUACAUCCGAUCCAUUGCCAGGGUGAAGGAGCGCCUGGAGCCCAGGUUCCAGGUGCCUGUGGAUGAGCACGCGGAGCAUGGGCAGAACAUGUAUGAUGAGGCCCCGAGCAGGGCUGAUCCAGGAUGCGCCACUGAGAAUAGAGACAAGACUUCUGAGCCCAGUGGAAGCAGCUGGGCCCUGAGCGGCCUCCCCGAAGGGCCUUCACUAAAGAACCAAGACCACCUCAGAACCAAGUCAGAAGCUGGAGAUGAGGGGUGGAGAGCUGGCUCAGCACCUAAAGGGGCUUGCUACCAAGCCUGAUAACCUGGACUGACACGGCAGAGGACUAACUUCCCCGUGCAUACGCAGUUAAGGAGUCAUGUAAAAUCUCCCAAUGAGGAUGACUUCCCACGUGGAGAGAGUAGCUUAGGGACUGGGUCUGAGUGAACCUCACCCAGGCAGUCAGCUUUCUCAAGACUGCACACAGGCUACAGGCAUGGCUCAGAGGUUAGGAGCACUGCUGCUCUUUCAGGGGAUCUGGGAUUCAGACCCCAGCACCCAGAGGGUGCUCAUAACCACGUCUAUCUAUCUCCAGUCAAGGGCAUCUGACGCCCUCCUCUGGCCUCCACGGGCACCACAAGUGUAGCGCACAGACAUACGUGCAGGUAAAAUACAUACAAAAAUAAAUCUUAAAAAAAAAAAAGUAAGGUUCAUGACCCACAAUCUGUCCUGGGGAGCUAAAUGGUGCCCUUCCAUUCACAUCUUAAGAGAACACACAGUUUGACCCGGCUACACAGCAAAUGCCAGUUUUGCGUACACCACACAGACACAAUUACAGUUUGACACCCUGCACUGCUAAAGCAGUGGUUCUCACCUGUGGGGUGCAACCCCUUUGGAGUCCUGUAUCAGGGGUCCUGCCUGUCAGAUAUUUACAUUACUAUUCAUAACAGUGGCAAAGUUGCAGUUAUGAAGUAGCAAUGAAGUGAUUUCAUGCUUGGGGAGGUCACCACACGAGGAGGAACUGUAUUAGAGGGUCACAGCAUUAGGAAGGUUGAGAACUGCUGUGCUCAGCAGAGAGCUACAGAGACAAAAUAUAGAUGAUUUGAUGCUGGUGGUGCUAAACUCUCUAGAUAGGAUUCUCGGGUAUAGUUCUACAUCUUACACAGUCACACUCGCUCAUAGUGAAACCAAGUACAGUUUUAUUAAGAAUUAGAAAGAAUAUCCAGUAUCUGUGAAAGAAAAUCCCAUUUUAUUAUACUUAAAUAAACAUUUCUGUAUGUAAAAAGAA